GCCGAGUGGAUGUGAAUAUAGUUUUAAAGGAUAGAUGUAGUCUUUACUUUUUGAUGUUCGCAUCGCUGUAAUAACUUGUUAUUGAUUUCCCGACACAACAGACCGUCAGAAACCAUGAGUUUGUUUUAAUGAAACAAAUAGAUGACUCACCCAUUUUCGUCACUGAGUUGGGGACAAAGCUUACCAUAACAUACACUUCCUUGCAUUGAACAGAUUACGGGUGUUUAAGGAAGUUAAUUGACUAUUGUACUGACACAUUUGUAUCUGCUGAUAUAUCGCCCCUGAUGUAGUCAACGUAACAAUCUGUAUUCCAUUUUGACUGCAUGAGUAGAAAAGUGAGUGAGUCCGACUCGUCCGAUUCAGCCGGGGAAACCAGGCCACUGAUGUCUGCCGGGACAACCUACCAGGGUAGGAGGACUCAACCCGUUACCCGGGAGGAAUAUGAGGACUUGGGGGAAGCCCGUAACAGAGAUAAUCAAGAAAAUGGCAUCGGAAUGGACGCGAAUCACGAGGAUGAGACAGAUGAAACCAGGACAGAGAUUCGUCCUGCACGUCAGCCACAAAGACGGCGUGGCACCAGUGGUGACACAGAGGAAGAUGAAGAUGAGGUGAUGCUGUAUGGAGCAAAACAUGUCAUCAUGUUAUUUGCUCCUGUCACCGUGUGUAUGAUAGUGGUGGUUGCCUCUAUCAGCUCUGUCACCUUCUACACAAAGAAGUCUGGCUAUUUAAUCUAUACUCCAUUCCAUGACGGUGAUAAGGCUGACUCAACCACAGGGACAAAAGUAUGGCAGUCAUUAGCUAAUGCGAUGAUUCUUCUGGGGGUGGUGAUUGUCAUGACAAUAUUCCUACUCCUCCUCUACAAAUACAGGUGCUACAAGUUCAUACAUGGCUGGCUGGUGGGCUCAUCUCUCAUGCUGUUGUUUUUAUUCUCCUAUCUGUAUAUUGAAGUGGUGCUGCAGGCAUACAAUGUACCAAUAGACUACAUCACAGUUGCCUUGCUGAUCUGGAACUUUGGAGUGAUGGGAAUGAUUUGUAUCCACUGGAAGGGUCCACUUAUCCUCCAACAGGCCUACCUCAUCAUCAUCUCUGCUCUCAUGUCCCUCAUCUUCAUCAAGUACCUGCCUGAUUGGACUACUUGGGUCCUACUAGGAGUUAUGGUCAUUUGGGACUUAGUGGCUGUACUUUGUCCCAAGGGGCCGCUGCGGAUGUUGGUGGAGACUGCCCAGAAGAGGAAUGAACCAAUAUUUCCUGCACUUAUAUACUCGUCUACCAUGAUCUGGACUGUUGGCAUUGGAAUGGCAGAAGGACAAACAAAAAAGAAAAAAUCAAAGAAAUCAAAGAAAGACACACAAGCAGAUGGAGCUACAGGUGGAGCCAGUUCAACAACAGACAAUGCGUCUGAAGAUGAAGAAGGUGGAUUAACUUCAAAUGCCACACAAGAACAAAUUUUUGCCCGAAGUAGUACAGAUUCUGCAGAGGCUCGAAAUGCAGUAGCAGCCUUGAGUGAUAGGCCCCGACCAACAACUACCAGUCGACCAACACAACAAACUGCUUCCCGCAAUUCUCGCGAGACACAGAACUCAACUCAGCAGGAUGAAGAACGAGGAAUAAAGCUUGGUCUCGGGGACUUCAUCUUCUACAGUGUGUUGGUAGGAAAAGCCUCAUCUUAUGGAGACUGGAACACUACCCUUGCAUGUUUUGUCGCCAUUUUAAUAGGGCUGUGUUUUACUCUACUGUUGCUGGCAAUAUUUAAGAAGGCUCUGCCAGCUCUUCCCAUAUCCAUUACCUUUGGACUAAUAUUCAAUUUUGCAACAAGUGAAAUUGUUGCACCAUUUAUGGACCGUCUGGCUUCAGGGCAGGUGUAUGUAUAGUGCUGAUACCUGCUUGAACUUGGGUCUUUUACCUGUAAAUGCAUGUACAGUGUUGACUUACCUGUAGGAAUGUAUAUCUCUGAAUGUUGACCUACAAGUAGGUAUAGCCCUAAGUGCUUACCUGUACGUAAGUGUGGUCAUUAGUACUUAUCUAUAGGUAGGUGUGGUCGUAAGUACAUACCUGUAGGUAGGUGUGGACACGAGUACUUACCUGUAGUUAGGUGUGGUCAUGAGUACUUACCUGUAGUUAGGUGUGGUCAUGUGUACUUACCUGUAUGUAGGAGUGGUCAUGAGUACUUACCUGUAUGUAGGUGUGGUCAUGAGUACUUACCUGUAUGUAGGUGUGGUCAUGAGUACUUACCUGUAUGUAGGAGUGGUCAUGAGUACUUGCCUGUAUGUAGGCGUGGUCAUGAGUACUUACCUGUAGUUAGGUGUCGUUAUGAGUACUUACCUGUAUGUAGGUGUGGUCAUGAGUACUAACUAGUAGUAUGAGUGGUCCUGAAGGUACAUACCUAUAGGUAGGUUUGGUAGUGAGUACAUACCUGUAGGUACAUGCUUUUUAUGGCCCUUAUCACUUAGGUGCUUUUUCAUAGCACUGGUUGUUCCAGAGUAUGUAGAUUAAGUUGUUAUUACCUGCGGGACCAUGUCUUUUUGUAGUUGAAAAAAAAUUAAUGCAAAUAUAUAAAUUUUUGUUCAUUUUUCAUUAUGAAUCGGCAUAAAGGCCAAUUCUGUCAACUUGCUUGUGAGUUUUGAUUGUAAUUUCUUCAGUCAGCAUAUAGACUCAAAUGAAAUCAUAUAAACUGAAAUAGUCAAGAAAAUACCAUGUUCAUCUGUGUUGAUUUCUUUAUGAUCUUGGAAUAAUAAUCAUUUUUGAUGAUAUUUAUUUUCUGAAUCCCUUGGAUCAAUGUAAUAACUCCAUCAUAUGUUCCACAUGAAUCCAUCUCAGUUUAUCAUAUUUAUGGCUUUUUUGUUGGAAAACAUCUUAAUGUUAAACUUUCCUAAUGUACAGCACUUAUACAUGAUACUCCGGACAUUUCUGAGGUAUCCAAAAUAUAGGUCAUCAUACAUGGGAGAUUAUAAUGUUGCUUUAUUUAAUUAAGAAAUAUCAAUUCUGUUUGUUCUUAAUGUUUACUUAAAUUUUGUAAGUGCUACGUGUAUUAUUAUGUCAGAGAUAAUUCUAUUUUUAAGUAGGAUUUAUAAUAGUUUCUAACAUAAUUUCUAAAUGCAACUUUCUAUUGUAAACAUCUUUAGAUGAGGAACUUAUAUGUCCUAUAAUAUGAUAAUGUAAGUUUGUAAGUACCUGCCAGUAAAAUUUCUGUGUCAAGGAGUGAUGUCUGAAGAUUGGGUGUAUAUGAUUUCUCCACUGUAAACAGAUAUCCAAGGACUUCUGUAAUUAAUCUGAUGCUUGAGGCUUUAUACAUAUUGACCAUCCUGAUUCUGAUGUCAUCAGCACACACAUGUUCAGUGAGACAGGUUGUGUGUAUCUUGAACACAGACAGAAAACAUUAGUCUUUUUGACGUUUAUUAAGAAAUCUCUUGCCUUAGUGGUGGGUAUAUACUGAUUAAUGUCUGAAUCUGUCUUUGGCUAUAAGAACAAGUACAGUAUAUAUUUUGAUACAUUUCAUUUCCCUUUAUCUAAUUAAAAAAUUCUUACCUUCAUGUUUUCUGUAUACAAAAUUAACUUUCACAUUCUGUAUGAUGUACUAUCAAUCUCAUGAAUUUGCUGGUGUUUGACACAUAAAGUGAAGAUUCCACAAAUAGGUUGUCUAUACAGUGAAACACAUUUAUUAUUGUGUCCUUGUCAUAUGUAUUGAUAUGCUGCUUGAAUUAUUUUUUUUGUUUAUGCUGACAAAUGAAUAUCAUUGUAGACCUUAUAAGUGCACAUUUACAAAAUCAUUAGAGGGUUGUUCUUAAUCAAGCUAUUUACAAAGAAAAGUGUUGAGGUACAAAACCUUGUAAUGACAAAAAACAUAAAUUGAAUUGCAGAUAAAAUCCUAGCAUUUCUAUGGAAGAUACAAGUUAGAGGACAGAAUUUAGAACAGUGAAAUGAAAGUUUUUGUGCACCUCCCACCCACUUUUCCAUAAAGUGGGCAUGUGCUUAAAGAGCAGGUGCACUUAUAAGGUCAACUACAUUUGAAAAUAGUUGCUACACAACAUUGAAUAUGUACAUUAUUUUGAAAUGCUAGUAUAUGUACAUAUGUUGUUAGAUAUCAACGUGUCUAUUGCACAUUAUCUGGUUAUGCUAACUAGCUGAUGUAUGGUACAUAUAAUGUUUUAAGUAAAAAAGUUAAAAAUUGUGUCAUACAAAAUCACAAAUAUUAUGUCUCAGAGGUAAUAAAUACUACAACAAUAAGGUCUAUUUCAUUACCAAAUAAGGACAUUAAGAUAAUAAAUAUUGUUGGAGUCUCAUA